GCGUCGCGGUGACGUCACGCGGAACAGGUGAGCGGCAACGACCGCGCGCGGGACGGGGAGUGCGACCAUUGAACAACAACAACAGCGACUACACCAACAACAACAGCGACUACACCAACAACAACAACAGCGACUACAACAACGGCACAAGCAGCAGCAGCUGAGCCAGCCGUCCGUCACCAUGCUGGAGCCGUCGUCAAGCGAUGAGGAGUCAUCGGAGCUCUCAGACUUCGUGAGGGUCGACCUGGAUGAGGCGGGGGAUGCGGGCUGCUCGAGCGACUGCGCGUCACUGGGGGGCCCCGUCCGCUCGGCGAGCCCGGCCCCGAGCCGCCUUCCCCAGCUGCCCUCGGCGUCGGUGAGCCGCUCCAGCAGCCUGCGCUCUAGCAGCCCCAGCCCCUCGGUGAGCAGCAGCUGCUGCUUCCGCGACGACGGUGAUGAGGACAGGAGGCGCCGCAUGCAGCUCUAUGUGUUCGUGUCACGUUGCGUGGCGUAUCCCUUCAACGCCAAGCAGGUGACCGACAUGGCCCGGCGCCAGCCCAAGGUGAACAAGCAGCAGCUCAUGUCCAUCAAGGAGCGCUUCACCAUCUUCCUGCAAGGAGAUUCCCAGAUCGUGACCGACGAAGCAUUUGUCAGCGUUGUCAAGUUUUACUACGAGGACUACUUGAAGAGCGACCGCGUGGCGCGCAUCGUGCAGAGCGGUGGCUGGUCCGCCAACGACUUCAGGGAAGUCUUCAAGAACUACAUUGAGAAGCGCGUUCGUCAGAUGCCCGAGAUUGCGGGACUGACCAAGGAGACCGUGCUGAGCUCCUGGAUGACAAAGUUUGACAAGAUCUUCAUGGGUGAUGAGGCACCGAGGCCGUCGACACGGAUAACAGCCAGCAGCUUCUCGGAUCUCAUCCUCAGCAAGGAUCAGCUGUAUGAGAUGUUCCAGCACAUCUUGGGAAUCAAGAAGCUGGAGCACCAGCUCAUCUUUAAUGCCAGCCAGUUGGAUCACCCAGACGAGCAGGUAGCCCAGAUCCGCCGCGAGAUGGACCAGCGUCAGAAGGUGGUGGAGCUGAUCGCUAAGCGGAGAGACUUCCCCGCCUUCGUCCGCGCCGACUCGAGCAGCACGUACGUGGGCGAGCAGCGCUCCAGCAUCAACCUCCUGGUGUCCAACCUGGAGAGCCUGCCCGUGUCGCGCGGCCACGGCGACACGGGCCGCCUGCAGAAGCCGCUCAAGCGCUACUACCCCUCAUCCCUGCUGGACCCCGGGGAGGACUCGCGCAGCGCCCUCCUCAAGUCCGAGAUUGCACUGUCAUUCACCCUCGAGGUGGUGGUGAUGGAGGUGCUGGGCUUGCGGUCGCUCACAGCCAACCGCACCGUGUACUGCACCAUGGAGGUAGAGGGAGGGGAGAAGCUGCAGACUGAGCAGGCCGAAGCUUCCACACCAAAGUGGGACACGCAGGGGGAUUUCAGGAUCAAUGUCCCUCUGCCCCUGGUGAAGGUGAAGUUGUUUGCAGUGAACAGUAGAAAGUUGGCCCUGGAGGACAAGGAGCUGGGACGGGUGAUCCUUCAGCCCAUGGCCACAGCCACUCGCGUCAAUGAGCUGCAUGCUCUGGCGGUGCCCAAGAACAGCGUGGACCAGGGGAUGAAGAUAAAACUGGGCCUGCGCAUGGACAAGCCGCAGAACAUGAAGCACAGUGGAUAUUUAUGGGCCCAAGGGAAAAAUGUUUGGAAAAAAUGGAAGAAAAGAUAUUUUGUCCUGGUGCAGGUCAGCCAAUGCACGUUCGCCAUCUGCAGCUACCGUGAGCGCAAGGCGGAGCCACAGGAGCUGAUGCUAACGGACGGCUUCACCGUAGACUACACGGAGCCCCUUGCAGACGUGACUGGAGGGCGUGCGUUCUUCCGCGCCGUGAAGGAGGGUGACUCCCUGCACCUGGCGAGUGACGACGAUCAGGACUGCGUGCUGUGGGUGCAGGCGCUCUGCCGUGCCACCGGACAGUCUCACAAGCCCCUACACCCAUCCCAGGGCGGCAAGCUGAGUGCACCCGGAGGGACGCUGCUGCCGUCAGAAUCUGAUCGAGCCUCCAAGUACGGCAUCGAAGAGCUGAUCUGGGCCAACCCCAGCGACUUUGACCACGACUCCUUCUUUGAGCAGCUCCAGCGAAGCACCCUCGAACACCGACUCAGCGACUCCAUCUCCUGCCUAGGCUGGUUGAGCCCAGGGCAGGUGUUCGUGCUGGACGAGUACUGCGCCCGCUACGGCGUGCGUGGCUGCCACCGGCACCUGUGCUUCCUCAACGACCUGCUGGAGAAGGCCGAGAGUGGCACCAUGAUCGACCCCACGCUGCUUCACUACAGCUUCGCCUUCUGUGCUUCUCACGUGUUCGGCAACAGGCCAGACGGGUUUUCUUCUGUGACUGUGGAUGAGAUGGAGCGUUACAAUGAACUGAGAGGCCGGCUGAGAAGUCUGCUGGAGAACCAGAUCGCUCACUUCAGGUACUGCUUCCCAUUUGGAAGACCGGAGGGUGCUCUGAAGGCGACCAUCUCCCUGCUGGAGCGGGUGUUGAUGAAGGACAUGGCCACCACGGUUCCUCCUGCCGAGAUGGAGGCCGUCCUGAGAAGCUGCCUGGAGAAUGCGGCGUUCGUCAAUUACACCCGCCUGUCGGAGUAUGCACAGAUCGAAGAUAAGCAAGCCGACCCGACUGUCGACUCCCUGGAGGGGAAGGAAGGGGAGGAGGAAAACACUCCGAGCAAGAAGCUGGAGGGGCUCAUCAACCUGGCCGAGCUGUGCAUCGACGUGCUGCAGCAGAACGACGAUUACCACGCGGAGGCUUUUGCGUUGGCGAGUGAACUGUUUGAGGAACACGCCGAGAUGUUCUGGAAGCUGUUUUCCGUGGACAUGGAUGAUGUGCUGGAUAAGCAGCCAGAAGACAACUGGGAUGCCCUGCUGCUCUUCCAGCUUCUUAACGACUACCUCAGGCAAACCCCGUCGCUCAACAACGGCAAGUUCCACGAGGAUGUGCAGGCCAAGUUCUCCCCCAUGGUGGUGCGCUACGUGGACCUCAUGGAGGCCUCCAUCGCGCAGUCCGUGCACAGCGGCUUCGCCCAGGAGACGUGGGCGCUCGUCCAGGGUGGCUCGGCAACUUCCAACGAACUCCUGUGGAAGCUGAAUGCUCUGCAGGCCUUCAUCCAGGACCUAAAGUGGCCAGAGGUGCAGUUCUCCUACCAGAUGGACCAGCGCCUGAAGCUCAUGGCUAACGAAAUGAUUGGCUGCUGUGUCAGUCGAACGAGCAAGGCGUUUCAGGUGCGCGUGAAGAAACUGAGCGCGUCCACGGACCUCAGGGUGAACGACGCGCUCUGCACGAUGCUCAACGUGCUCAUCGACACGACGCAGCAGAGCUCCAAGCUGUGCUGCCACGUCGAGGAGCUGCCUGGCCACUCCAAAGCUGAGAUCGAGAUUCGGAAAACGCGGAAGGAAGUCAGCGCCCUGCUCAUUGAUAAGUUUGUGGCCGUUCUGAAAGGCGUUCUGAAGAAGCUGGCGCGAUUUGACGAGGGGACGUUCCUGAGCACGCUCCUCUCACUCACGAAACCGGGAAUGGAUUUGGCAGACUCCUACGUCACGUUCGUGCGUCAGAACCAGGAGAUCUUUCGUGAAAAGCUUAUAGAAGACGAUUACAUUCAACAGAUAUGUACGGACUGGUAUAUCAGCAAUGUUCGAGCAAUAGACCAGUGGCUGAAGGAGAGAAAAGACAUGCAACUCCACCCUCAUCAACUAAAGAUCCUGAACAGCAUGACAAGGAUGGGGUAUAGGGACUUCCAGCUGCAGGGCGUCCCGGAAAAAUAUCUCAAGUGCACGAACCAUGUGGAUGUGCAGAACCGGCUCAUCAUGGAGGAGACGUCCAUGGCCGUGCAGGAUGACAGUUCUCACGACUCUAACUAGCAUCACACCAACCAGUUUCUACCACCCACAACACAAUGACAAGGAUCGCGAUUCCUUUUUUUGGUAGACCGCCGUUUAUGCUGGGGCCAUUUCACAGUGCUUUACGCAUACCUGGCCUGCCAAUCGAGAAUUAGUCUGCGGUGCCGGUGGGUGGUGAUGAUCUCUCUGUAUCCCAUUUUAGUGUUUGGGGGGAGGGGGCGAUUAUUUUGAAUUGGCCAAAUUUGGACCUUGACGCCAUGCCUACUCGUCUCGAUGACACCAGGGGAGCUUUAACGUCCACCGUGAAACAGCGGACAUGUAGCAACGCGCUAUAGCUGGGUUAGCGUCGCCACCUCAACAUACGCCGUAUCGCUGUCCUCGCCUUCUACACCUACCCCACACUAGCCAGUGUCUACAAGAGGCAAUGUGUAUUAACCUGACGCAUGGUACACUAACCACUGGUCCACUUACAACAACCACAGUUGGAUUCCUGCACUGUUACUAUGCAAAUGCUGGCCUCUUAUAAUACCAAUGUCAUCCCAGAUGCUACAUUUGAAAAGUAGCUGAAGCUACGUCAUGGGAACUGUAAGAAUAAUCCUUUGGUUUUCAUAAAAGUUGUAUUCUUUAAAAAUGAAAUACAUUUUGUAUCUCAGGGUGACACCGCCUGAUUUAUAGCUCACGACAUUAUAAAACUCGACAAUCGUCCACAAUCUACCCCCGUACCCACUGACUAACCUGCCACGAGUCACAUAACCAAGUUAUGCCGACUCUUACCUCAUCGUAUUAUCAAAACUUUGGCAGCACUGACUAUUCAAUCCUUUAGCACCUUCAUGCUAAACUUUUAAUAGGUCUCUCUAUAUUUCCUAUGGCAGGAGGGAAAAGGAACCGUUUUUAAACAUUAUAGUUGCAUGCUAAUUUUUUUCAACCAAUCUAAGGAGGUGUGAGACGCUGCAUGGAUUGCAGUGACCACGGUCAGGUGCACGUGGAUGGCGCAUUAGUCGGUGAUGUGUUUGACGGUUUGGCCUUCACCGCAGUCACAGUACAGCAAUUCUGUGAUCGCCCGUUUGUGGAAGAUGGACUCGCAUCUCCCACGCUGCGCUCAAGCUCUGUGUGUCGAUGUCCGUAGUUGUCGUGGGAGAGAGAAGGCUGGGACUUCCCAGUCAGGUACUCCAUGAGGUUCGUGUUUGCCAAGUCUAUAGCCACCCAUGAUUACGUUCAGCGAGUGCCGAUGACCUUUAGUAGGUUAUUGAUCAUUUAAAACGUACCACUGCCGCCUCCCGCACAUCGUAAGUUUUGCACUUAAAAACUGUGGAUUUUCUUACAAAGUCGAUAUUAUUUGCCAUUUUAAUGUAAUUGAUUACACACUGUUUUCAUGUUGUAUGGGAUUGAACGCUUUUAUAUAUAAUUAUGGGAAUGUUGUUGGUCAAUAGGAAACAUCAUGAUCUGCCGAGACGAUGUGCACACACUUCUCAAUCUCUGCGGUUGUGUUUCCAACUUAAUAGGCAACCCUCCCAAGGGAGUGAUAUUUACUCCUUGAAUUUAACAUCAUACUUUCCGCAAAUAGGCUGUGUGUGCAAAUGUAGCCCAUGGGCCAGAGCAGAAAUCGGUUCCACGAGGUAGAAAAAAUGUAUUUUGUACCCAUUUGUUUAUAUGGCCAAUACGAGAGGUGCAUUUAUUCAUAAUCACAUUCAUGUAAAAUGGUCAUCGCGCAAUUCACUGCCAUUGGCCACCUAGAGAAAUGGGAACCACUUAAUCGAUGCCACCUUAGUUGGCACCGACGAGUGAAAUACCUGGUCUGGGCUCACGGACUCAAAGCAGUUUAGUACCUUUUUUAGCGUGAUUGAUUAAAGACUCGAGUCGUUAUCAUCGUAGACAUUUCCAUUGCAAUAACAUGCAGCUUAUUAAUUCAGCCUCAGUAUUUCACCUGACAUUUUAGUAUAUUUGCAUACAAUUGCAUCAUGAUUUUAAAGACUGUCGUGGAAUAUUCUUCAUUGAUUGGAAUAUUUUUAGCUACUCUACCUUGUGCCCAGCCUUGGCAGCAUUCGUCCCUAAAUCGCUGCCUAAAGGGGUGAACGUUUGAACGUCUGCCCAGUACAGACUGCUCUGUUGACCUGUUCAGCAAGGCGGAAGAAGUGUCUGGUAAUGUUGAGAAAUUAUUUGGUGAUGCUGCUGCUGCUUCUGCUGUGUUGGCAGUGGUUCACAAGCAAUAUAGAAAAAACUCAACACAUUCGUUAAUAACAAUGUAAAAACAAAUAUAUCACAGGCUUAGUUUUGGACAGUGGUGCCCGUGCUAUGAUGAAGGGCCAAAUAUUGUAUAUUCUCAUACCUGUCAAUCCAUACAGUUUACCCGUAUUCUUGUACAGGAAAAUUGAGUUUUCAGGUUCAAUAUGGCGUACAGCCAUUUCAAUAUGGGCAUUUUUUUGUCUGUUUGUAUUUCUCCCUUGUGAUGGGACGUUGUAAGAUGAACGUUGAGAAUUAUAAAGGCACCGGGUGACCAAUAAGGUCUGAAUUGGUCUGUAAUAAGGUAGGCACUAAUAAGGCGUUGACAGGUAUGUAUUCUUCCUUUCAAGGCCAGUGUUAAUGACGAAUGUGUGUUGAGUCUUUUUGGGAAUUAAAGAGAUGACAGGAAAAAGGUGCCAAAACAGGAGGAUCCCUGCACUUAAACAUGAAUAUUUUAACAUGUAAACGUGACAUUGCAAUGUUGCAAAUGUGUUUUUUAUUAGAGAAUUAUGGUUUUAUGUGGGUGCGUUAGUGGGAUUUGUUCACAUCAUUCGCAUAAGGGACACUGCUCGAACUUGGCAAAAAUGGGCGAGUGGUUCUAUACAGAGAGACGUUUUGGUAAGCCUGGUAAAAAUGUGUUCUCAGUGCGAGUAGAAUGUACGCAUUAAUGCGUGUACAGUAGUGUCGACUUUUAUGUACAUUUGACACACAGCAAAAAUAUACAUAUUCAGAUCACUGUAUUUAAGUGUCUUGUUAAAUGUAUUAGUGUUUAGAGUGUUGGAAUAAUCUUCCCCUCCUGGGACUACUUGUUGGACUAACUGUCGUGAAGAUUGUGCACUUUAAUGUCCACGUGCACGUGGUGUUAGGUAUUGUUUGUGAUCGGAAAGUAGAAGUUGCAAUUAAUAAACCAGUCGCAUCUAUUACAAAUUCAUGCUUGGGGAGACCUGCAUCAUAUCGCAGUGCAUCGACAAAGCGUUCUGCAAACGUCUCUUAGGUCAAGCUGCGCAGUGCCAUGGUGAUGUCUAAUUGUUCUGUAGUUAAGGCAGCUGAAUUAACAAACAGUCCAAGUCAAUGAUGAAACUGUGUAUGAUCUCCAGCGUUUAACGCACCAGCCGUGGCCACGAAUGGGAAUCGGAAGAGGAGCGAUUUACCCGGUGUGUUCAGCCACCACGGGCGGCUUUAGAGAUUAGUGAUGGAUUUGGUCCUCGGCCUUCAACCACCAUCGACCAUAUCUAUGGAAUGUAUUGCCUUCCUUUGCUUUGCCAUUGAAGCUAUUAUGCAAUCAUACAUUGAGCACCUAACCUUCAGACGAUACUGGAGUCAUGUGAAUGCCCAGUGUAUUCACAGUGGUUUUCCAGCCCACGAGUCAUGAGUAUAAUACAGGCACUAUGCAGUUCUUUGAAUGGUUGUAAAUGUCCAUGUCUUUCUAGUUGGUGUCAUUCAGGUGCUGUUAAGAGCUUACAAAUCAAACUUCAUGCACUUGCAUUGGAAUUUCCAUCAAUGUAAAAGGUAAAUUAGAUUUUUUUUUGCAUUGAAUUGAAAUAAAAUUAUUUUAAUACUUUUUUUUAUCUUGCAGAAUAUUGGGUGUGGUUAGUGUAUGAGAAUACUGUUUAACAUUAUUUUAUAAAUAAAAUACCUGCAAUUAAAAAGAAAAAUUGU